AUGGCAACUGCAGUCGAAUUACGUCCUACCCCGAAACGGCGACUCAGUAAAACGGAGCUUGACAAGUUGAAAAUCCGUUAUCAGGAGUUGGAGAGACGCGUUGAUGCGGCAAUUAAGGAGGGAAAAAUUUUCAAAGUUGUCGGCGGAUGGAAUGUGCCUCAAAUAAAAUAUCAUUUGGCGAAACGGGGGUACAUUGAAGUGAUCGACAACCCGUUUCGGAAUAGCACGACGAAGAUUUCGGACAUGGCGUUGUUGGAAAAAAGCGAAGAUUGUAACAUUUAUGAGCAAGCGUUGUUAAGUAAGAUGCUCGGAAUACGAAGACCGAAAUUUGUGUGGACCGAACAACCUCAUUUUUAUGUUCCGUACAAUUUUGCCACGAUGAUGAACAAGACCCAUGUUGAAGAUAUGGAGUUUUGGGUGAAAGACGGCUUAUGCAAAGCUGUGCAAAAAAUAAAUCGUCGCGCCAAAAAGCAUUGCGACGCGUUAAAUUGCCCACGCAGCUACAAUUUGAGUGUCAAAGAGCAAAUCGAGGAAUUUAAAAAUGACUUCAGACUGACAGUCGCCACAAAUUUAAUUUUAUAUCUCAAUGCGUGCAGCGAUAUUUUGGUGCAUUUCGCUAAAAAUGACGACAAUGAUGCCGAAAUUGACGACGACACGCCUCGAAUUGAUCACGGCGUCUUAGAUUAUGCGUUCAAAAUUGUGCUUGAACAUGUAGAAGCUUUAACCGAGACCACUCGCAGUAACGACGUCUAUGAUGAAAAUCCUUAUUUGAACGAAACCGAUGAAUUUUUUGAUUUAUCUGAGGCUUAUCGUCACAUUUGCAUCGAAAAGCGGGGAAAAUUCGUGAUUUACGAUGAGGAAACUGCGCGCAUCGACGACUACAUUCUCGGAAUUAUGAGUGUUGCUGAAACCAUUGGGCGUUAUUGGCCAUGGCGACAUCAUGAUGGCUUGAAAAAUAUUUGGCUCGUGAAGCCGACGAGCAGUGGCGAGGGGCAAGGCAUCAAAUUGUUCAAUGAUCCGGCGAAAAUUAUGGAACAUGUUGAGGCGAGGCCCGUGGAAAAGUUUAUUGUGCAAAAGUAUAUUGAGCGCCCGUUACUGAUUUAUAACACGAAAUUCGAUUUGAGGCAAUAUUUGUUGGUUUCGAUAGAUAGCGAGAACUUUUAUGCUUGGUCCCAUCCCGUGUGCAGCGUCAAAUUGGCAUCGCAGGAAUUCAAUUUAGAUAAUUUUGAUGAGAGUAUUCACUUGACUAACGCCAGCAUUCAGCAAAAGUAUUGGCAUCAGAAUUCGAAUGAGAAUUUGCCGAAUCAUCACAUGUAA